AGCAUCCUCGCUGGAUUUUUUUUUCUUAGUGCGUUGCUGCAGCUUUCCGCGGUAACCCCAACAGCAGCUCUUCAUAAUGCAGGCUGCUCGCGCGCAGCGAGGAGCAAAGUGGCGCCCACUCUCUGCCAUCACCACAUCCGCGCGGAACUCCUACCUGCCUGGCUCCUCGCUUGCCUUCCCACUCUCCGACGCCUCCCAUGCUCGCGACGGCGGACUACGCUACCCACACACGCCAUCUGCCGCCGGCGGUGCCGCCCUUCAUCGCACGCGUCUGCUCCUUCAGCGGUCCUCUCGUCAUAAGGUCGUAAUUCCCUCGCUUUCCGCCCUCGGUGGGGGCACUCCCAGCCCACCGCACGCCGCGGCUGCGGCCUCCGUGUCGGCCGCCGCGCUAGAGUACGAGCAGCACCGCCGGCUCAGCCCCGACGUGGCGCAGUUCAUCACCGCCGACGACGCUGCGGAGGUGCAGCGUGCACAUCAAAUCGAUGCAUUCCGCGACUCCAACGCGGCCCUGACGCAGCAGCUCUGGCGAGACUCGAAGUCGCACCUCCGCAAGCAACAGAAGCUCGUGGACGAGUUUGGUGUUGAGGGCGCCGUGCGCGAAACCCUGCAGCCCAGCGGCACGUCCUUUCGUGAGCAGCUCCGCCAGCGCCCGCUGGAUCGAGCGAUUCUGCAAGAGAUUUAUCUCGGACUGCACGGCCGGCGUAUUGAGCGACGGCUGAAGCGCGGUGUGUCGUGGGAGCACUGGAUCACCAAGGGGGACGGCACCGCGCCGGUGUUCAACACCUCCGAGAAGGCACAGCAGACGUUCGCGUUUGGUGGGGACAUACGCCAGGUGCGGUGCGCCACCCACCCGCAGCAGUUUCCCGUAGUGCUGUCACACGGGCCGAGCACCGUGUCAGCAGCAUCGUCGGUGUCGUCGUCGCAUCAGAAGAAAAAGAAAGGUGGGUCGGCAAAGCCGCCCAACUCGCGCGCUUUGGUGCCACGCGAGAACCUACUUCCCGAAGUGGCCGUCAUCGGUCGCACCUCCAGCGGAAAGUCAUCGCUCGUGAACGCGGUGGUCAACGCCACCGUCACCCCCUACGGGCAUCUGCGCGGCACGACCAGCGCGGUGCGGUUUUACAGUGUAGCGAGCCGGCUAAUGCUGGUGGACUGCCCGGGCUACGGCCACUACGACCCGAUCGCGACGCCGGCGUUGGAUGCGGAGAAUGCAGUGAAGGCGAUGCGGGCCUACUUGGCCUGUGGUGCCGCGCCCGGUGCACGGCGGAGACGAGGAACAACGUCGCAUGCAUCGGAAGGGGGCGACGAUGGCGUGCGUGGGCAGGGGGUGCCCAAAGACUCACACAGCUUAUUAGAGGAGCCCAACUUGAAGGAUGAGGAGGGCUUUGGUGGAGGCGAUGGUUCUCCUUCUGUCUCCUCCGUGCACCCUGCCGAACGCGGAAACGAAAGCCGACCAGCUCCUCUCCUGUACCAGCCCCGCAACCUGAAGCGGGUGCUCGUGUGCGUCUCCGCCCAUGGUAUGCAGCACCUCGACUACUUCUACUGCGACCUGCUCGAGUCCUAUCAAAUCCCAUUCUCCGUUGUCGUGACCAAGACAGACGCAGCCCCCAUUCGCUUUCUCGCGCGACUGACGGACUACACACGCAAUCAGCUGGUGCGCUAUACGCAAUGUAAAGAAAUUUUGCUGACCAGCUCGCUGCGCAUUGCCGGCAUCGACAAGGUGCAGGAGUUACUGGGGAGCUUCGCGGCGGUCGACGACCCUUUGAGUGGUGCGGCGAUGGACUUCAGCGCCAUCGUGUGA